GGGGAAAAAAAAGCAGUGGGACAACUAAUGACUGACGACUUUUUUCCUCCCUAUAUCGAAUACAGCUCAGAUGCUCUCUCUGGCUUGCUUCUGACACAAACCAUUCUCUCUAUUCAAUCGCAAUUGAAACCCAACUAAGGGUUAAUUUCGUCAAACUACACCUACCAAUAUAAACAUUUAACUAAUUUAUUUAUCAGAAUGUAUUAUGUAUCUGAACAAGAACAAGAACAACGAAAACGAAAAUGGAAGCAAAAUUGUUCAGUUACCAAACAUUUUCACAUUAACAUUUGUCUUUUCUACUAAAAACACCCUCAAAUUCCUAGUACAAUCCUAGAACAACUAACCUAAUCCAGAUCUUCCUCAUUGCUCAUUCUUCAAUCUCUACCAUUCUUCUACCAACAAUCUAGUUUGUUUGCGAUGGACCGACGCUGGCCAUGGAAGAAAAAAUCGUCUGAUAAGGUUGUGAAUGAGAAAACAGCUGCUUCACUAGACUCUGCAGAUGCUUCCAAUCAGGAUAACGGCAAGAAACAGAAUUAUGUCCAAAUCUCUGUGGAAUCGUAUUCACAUCUGACUGGUUUGGAGGAUCAAGUGAAGACAUAUGAGGAAAAACUGAAGACAUAUGACGAACAAUUUCAGACAUAUGAGGAAAAAGUUCAGACAUAUGACGAACAAGUUCAGACUUAUGAGGAAAAAGUUCAGACACUUGAAGAUGAGAUCAAGGAAGUGAAUGAAAAGCUUUCGGCAGCAAACUCUGAGAUUAAUACUAAGGAAAGUGUGGUAAAGCAACAUGCUAAAGUAGCUGAAGAAGCCGUCUCAGGAUGGGAAAAGGCUGAAGCUGAGGCUUUGGCAUUGAAAGAACAUCUUGAAUCUGUCACUCUUUCGAAACUCACUGCUGAAGACCGUGCAUCACAUUUAGAUGGUGCUCUUAAAGAAUGUAUGCGACAGAUACGGAACCUUAAGGAAGAACAUGAACAGAAAAUACAGGAAGUUGCUCUGUCGAAAACCAAGCAAUUGGACAAGAUUAAGGGGGAGCUUGAGGCUAAGAUAGCUAGCUUUGAACAGGAACUCCUGAGGUCUGCUGCUGAAAACAGGGCGCUGUCAAGGUCCUUGCAGGAACGCUCUAACAUGCUUAUCCAAUUAAGCGAACAAAAAGCUAGUGCCGAGGCUGAAAUUGAGCAUCUUAAGAGCAACAUAGAAUCAUGUGAAAGAGAAAUUAGUUCACUUAAAUAUGAACUUCAUGUUGCUUCGAAAGAGCUUGAAAUUCGCAAUGAAGAAAAAAACAUGAGCAUGAGGUCUGCAGAAGCUGCUAAUAAACAGCAUAUGGAGGGUGUAAAAAAGAUUACCAAGUUGGAAGCUGAGUGCCAAAGACUACGCGGACUUGUUCGGAAAAAGUUACCUGGUCCUGCUGCACUUGCACAAAUGAAGUUAGAAGUUGAAAAUCUUGGCCGAGAUUAUGGAGAAAGUCGAUUAAGGAAAUCACCUGUAAAGGCUGCUGCCCCUAAUUUGUCCCCGUUACCUGAGUUCUCUCUAGAGAAUGUGCAGAAUUUCCAGAAGGAGAAUGAAUUUCUCACAGAGCGUUUAUUGGCAAUGGAAGAAGAAACAAAGAUGCUGAAAGAAGCGUUGGCUAAACGCAACAGCGAAUUGCAGGCCUCAAGGAGUACGUGUGCUAAAACACUAAGCAAACUUCAAAGUUUGGAAGCACAACUUCAGACAAGUAACCAGCCGAACGGAUCUCCAAAAUCCAUGAUGCAUGUAACCCACGAAAGCAUUUAUAGUCAAAAUGCAAGCAUUGCACCUAGCUUAGUUUCCAUGUCUGAAGAUGGAAAUGAUGAUGCAGCAAGUUGUGCCGAGUCUUGGUCUACAACAAUGGCAUCUGGGCUAUCCCAAGUUUCUAAAAAGUUUACGGAGGAAUCAAGCAAAGCUGAAGCCAUUCAAAAGUUGGAACUAAUGGACGACUUUCUGGAGGUGGAGAAGUUAGCUCGUUUGUCAAUUGAUUCCAACAUAGAUGCCACAGUUUCAUUAUCUUCAGACAAUAAUGCAACUGAUGGUGUGACCAAUGAUGUAUCACAAGUCAGUACUGGCACAGUUGGUCUGUCUGAAACAAAUGGCGAUUCAAAUCCUUUGCCAAAUCAAGUGUCUUCCAGUGCUUUGACAGCACCUGAUCCCCAAUCUGAUGUUGGUGGCUUAUUAACAGAGCUUAGAUCAAGAAUAUUACUGGUUUUCGAGUCCAUAGCUAACGAUGCUGACAUAGGGAAGAUCGUUGAGGAUAUUAAACAUGUACUAGAAGAAAAAUCCCAGGAUGGACAACCUUCUGAUGCCACAUGUGAUAGGCAGAAAAAUCCUGAAGAUGCUGGCUUAAACCUUGAAAAGGAAACCAUUUCAUCCCUGCAACCCAAAGAGUAUGUGCAGAUAACUUCAGAUUUAGAAGCUGCAAUUUCUAAUAUUCAUGACUUUGUAUUGUCACUAGGCAAAGAGGCAAUUUCAUUUCAUGAUGUAUCUUCUAAUGGAAAUGAAAUGAGCCAAAAGAUUGAGGAGUUUUCUGCCACCUUUAGCAAAGUUUUAUGCAGCAAUGCAAGUCUGCUACAGUUUGUUCUUGACCUGUCUUACGUUUUGGUUAAAGCAAGUGAACUCAGAUUUAGUGUCCUUGGAUACAAGGGUACAGAAGCUGAAACUAACAGUCUCGAUUGCAUAGAUAAGAUUGCUUUGCCUGAAAAUAAGUUAGUUCAAGACAAUUCAUCUGGUGAAAGAUAUCAAAAUGGUUGUUCCCGUGUUCUUAAUCCAUGUUCUGAUCCUGAGGUUCCUGAUGACGGAAAUUUGGUUUCGGGCUAUAGAGCGAUUGUGGCAUCACAAAAACCGUCAUUCGAGGAAUUUGAAGAACUGAAACUGGAGAAAGAGAAAGUAGCAACAGAUCUGUCAAUAUGUACCGAGAAUCUCGAAUUGACCAAGUCUCAAUUGGUAGAAACUGAGCAACUUCUAGCAGAAGUUAAAUCACAGUUGGCUUCUGCUGAAAGAUCAAAUAGUUUGGCUGAGACGCAGCUAAAGUGUAUGGCAGAGUCAUACAAGUCACUUGAAACACGUGCUCAGGAGUUUGAAACUGAGCUGAACCAUUUGCAAAGUACGAUAGAAACUCUGGAGAAUGAACUUCACAAUGAAAAGACAGCUCAUGAAGCUGCUUUAGCGAAGAGCAAGGAGCUAGAAGAGCAGUUACUAAGGAUUGAGAGCUUAACCGCUGAAAAUGAAGUCAAAUCUACACAGGAGAAAGAUUUGGCAGCAGCCGCCGAAAAGCUAGCCGAGUGUCAAGAAACCAUAUUCCUUUUGGGAAAGCAGUUAAAUGCUAUACAUCCUCAAAGUCAACCAAUUGAGUCUCCUUACAACAACACAAGUCCAAAUACUACUAGUAGCUCAAAUCUUCAAGAAGUAGGUCAAUCGGAAAUGGAUACUGCCACUUCUUCUUUUGUGCAAAGACUGAGUUCGGAUUCCCCCUUGCAUUUUUCCAAUGGUUUAUUUGUCCCAUCAGAUAACGAUUCAAACGUUCCGGCCAGAUCUCCGGCACCGCUUCCAAAAUCAAAACCAAAACACAGACCUACCAAGUCAGCCUCUUCAACUUCUUCCGUCACUACGCCGGAGAAGCAACGGGGAUUUAGUAGAUUCUUUUCAUCAAAAGGGAAGCCUGGUUAUUGAGAUUGCAGCUUGCAGAUAUAUUAAUAUUAAUGUUUGACAGAAUUGAGUUUUUGGGGAGGUUUGUGUAGUUAGGAAAGGGAUGCUAUGAGUGUAUGAUGAUUCUUGUAUGUAAUGGUUGUAAAGUAACCAUGUGUUUUCUUCUUUUCCUUUUCAUUGUUUUUUCCUCCCUUUUGUUCUGGGAUUGAAUUAGCAAACUACAAACAUUGACAUAGUCUAAGAACCUUUACAGGAUAUGUUCAAUAUUUUGAUUUUAUAUAGUUACCGAUACCUUACUUUACAA